AUGGUUGAGUGGCUGUGCAACAGGCAAAGAGAUACCAAGCCUGGCUUCCGCUCCGCCAAAGGGCAAGUAGAGCCCGCCGGCUCCAACUCCGUCUUGGAAGUCUUGUCUUCUUGCCCAAGUCAACCACUCUACCCUGGAGGCACUUCCAGGUCAAUGGCUUCGCAAACCUCUCUCACCAACGAAGAAAUCAAGCAAUUCAUCGAUGAUCUCGACCAUGACAAGGACGGCAACGUUGACUACUGGGAACUAGAACGGAAACUGGACCAAGUGCACAAAGAGAUAGCACCGAAAGCGCAACCUCACAACCUCCAUCAUGCAUCAAGAGGCGAUGAAGCACGCCAUGAGUUUCUCCGCAACGUCAUCGGAACGCGCAAGGAUUACAUCAAGCGUGAGGAGUUCGCAGAAUGUGUUAAGAAGUGGGAUAUCCCAUCAUUGGAGCAUGACCGCAAAGAAGCGAAGAAUGAAGACGAUUACUUAAAGCACGUGUCCAUGUACCGACGUGCUCGCGCCUACUGGGCCGUAAAAGGACCCGAAAUCACGUUUCUUGCUCUGGUUGUCACCCUGAUGAUUGGCUUUGGUGUGUGGCAAUUCGUCAAGUAUCUCACAUUUGACCAGUAUACGCCAGCGUUUGGAUGGGGUGCAGUUUUGUCAAAGACAUGUGCUGGUGUGCUGUAUCCGACCUUCUUCUUCCUUAUUCUGUCAAUGUCCCGUUGGCUUUCAACAUUCCUCCGACGCUUCUACUUCAUCUCAAGAUUUAUCAACUGGGAUCUUUCUCAGUCAUUUCAUAUCAAGAUGUCCAUUGUCGCAUUGUUCUUCGCGACUUUGCAUGCCAUCGGCCAUCUGAGUGGCUCGUUCGUGUUUGGAAGCAUGGCAAGUCGACAGAACGCUGUCGCCAACAUAGUCGGACAGGACGCUGUACCACGCUCAUAUACUGACUACCUCCGGUCAUUACCAGGUUGGACGGGACUAACAUCACUUGGCAUGUUCUACCUUCUGGCUUUGAUGAGUAUGCCUCAGAUCCGAAAGUGGAGCUACGAGGUCUUUCAGCUUGGCCAUUUGCUCAUGUUUCCAAUCAUUGGAUUCAUGAUGGCGCAUGGCACUGCACAUCUGUUGCAAUGGCCCAUGUUCGGCUAUUGGCUUGCGUUCCCUACACUGAUGGUUCUGUUUGAGCGUCUGUGGCGCUUGGUUCUCAGCUUUCGUCCUAUACUCGCGGAGCUUGAGCUACUAGAUGAAGAAACUGUCGCCAUCACGGCGCAGGUCCCCAAAACUCGCCCAUGGGAUUACAAAGCUGGGCAGUACGUAUUUGUUCAGGUUCCGCAAUUCUCCAGGUUUCAGUGGCACCCCUUCACGGUAUCUACCUGUAUCAACAACACCAUGCAAGUACACAUCAAGGCCGAUGGGGACUGGACAAAUCAACUCCGUGAUUUGGCUCAGCAAGGAACGCGGACAACAAUCAAAAUUGGUCUUGAUGGACCGUUUGGAGCACCCGCCCAACGCUUCUAUGACUUUGAUUACAGCAUGGUCUUUGGUGCCGGUAUUGGCGUGACUCCCUUCUCAGGCGUGCUUACCGAUCUCCAACAACACGAGCUCGAGCGCGUGAAGUCCAUCGAUAGUCCUCAACAAUCCUCGGAUGAAGUCCCCAAGGAGCCUUCUCCAUACAACAGCCACCGCCGUGUCGACUUCCACUGGAUGGUGCGCGACAAGAAUAACCUCCUGUGGUUUUCCGAUCUCUUGAACGAGGUAUCCCGCGAGCAGCCCAAAGUCCCAGAUCUCGACAUACGCAUCAACACGUACGUAACGCAGAAGCGCAAGCAGAUAUCACAGCACGUUUUCCGCUGGCUCCUCGAAAAGCAUCGCACUGAUGACCAUCCGCGGUCGCCCAUCACUGGUCUCGUCAAUCCAACACAUUUCGGACGUCCUGAUAUUAGGGGUAUCAUGGAGCAACACUACGAAGACAUGUGUAAGGUUUUGGCGGAGCGACUCACCGAAAAGGACCGCAAGAAGGAUGAUGAAAUCAACGUUGGUGUCUUCUUCUGUGGACCACCUGUUAUCGGCCAACAGAUUGCGGAUCAAUGUAGCAUGUUGAGCGCAAGGGCGAGGAGCGAGGAUAGGAAGAUUGAAUAUCGCUUCAUGAUCGAAGUCUUUGGGUAG